CAUGUUACUUAUUCAUUAAUUUACACACACACGGAAAAGACACAAAGACCUGCAACUACAAUUGGAAUUUAGUAACUUGUUCUGUUGUUCCUUCACGGGUGAAGUGACGAUUUAGAAUGUCGUGGAAAAAGUAAUACAAAACUGAUCUUGAUUUGGUGCUUUUUCUAAAGUUGAAAUUUAACGAUUGUGUCCCGUUAAUAUUUUCUACUUUAUAUGGUCCUGUGAAGUGUGCAAUAUCGCGCGCAACCAAAAUGGCGACCACGUUCGAAAACGUGCGACUUAGUUUCUUUGAGGAUGACGGAAAAGUCAGAGAAGUUGUUGAUGUUCCUCAUAAAUUAGACAUUCGAGAAGACUCCAAUUCAUUGAUUGUUUCACUUUACAAUGGUUCAGCCAAGUCUCAGACAGUAUCAAUCACCAAAGACACAGAGGUGGCUCAGGUUGGAGCAAGCUCGUUGGUUAUCACAAAUGAAGCGAAGUCAGUGCUGCUCUCUUUCCCCACAGUUCAUAUGAUGCGUGCCUUCAAGGGCCAGGUAACAAAGUUAAAAGAAGGGAUGGCAUCAGUCUUCACAGAUAGAACAGAUGAAGCAAGUGCUGUCCAGUACUUUCAGUUUUAUGGAUACUUGUCACAGCAACAGAACAUGAUGCAGGAUUACAUUCGAACUUCAACUUAUCAGAGGGCCAUGCUGACAAAUCUCUCAGAUUUUCACGAUAAGAUUGUCCUAGAUGUUGGUGCAGGCUCAGGGAUUCUCUCUUUCUUUGCAAUUCAAGCAGGUGCGAAAAAAGUAUACGCCAUAGAAGCCAGCAGUAUGGCACAGCAUUGUGAGACUCUGGUGAGACAGAACAACCUGAGUGACAGGAUUAUAGUCAUUCCUGGGAAAGUGGAGGAAGUGGAGGUCCCGGAACAGGUGGACACCAUCAUCUCAGAACCCAUGGGCUACAUGCUCUUCAACGAGAGGAUGCUGGAGUCCUACUUGCAUGCAAAGAAAUGGCUCAAGCAGGAUGGUCGCAUGUUCCCCACUCAAGGAGAUUUGCACAUAGUACCAUUCACAGAUGAAGCGCUUUAUAUGGAGCAGUAUCAGAAAGCAAACUUCUGGUAUCAAGAAUCUUUCCAUGGGGUCAACCUUACGUCAUUACGUUCGGCAGCAGUUUCAGAGUACUUUAAACAGCCCAUUGUGGACACAUUUGAUAUACGCAUUUGCUUGGCCAAGUCCAACAAAUACGUGAUAGACUUCCAGUCAGCCGACGAGACUGACCUUCACGUCAUGGACAUCCCUCUCACCUUCACAAUGCUGCAGUCAGGCAUGGUGCAUGGCCUGGCUUUCUGGUUUGACUGCGGCUUUUUGGGUUCUGAUUAUUCCAUAUGGUUGAGUACAGCCCCAACGGAGCCUCUUACGCAUUGGUACCAGGUACGAUGCCUGGUGCAGACACCUGUCUUGGUCAAGCAGGGACAGACACUCACUGGCAGAGUAAAACUCACAAGUAAUUCAAGGCAAAGCUACGAUGUUGACAUUGAGCUUAACAUCCCUGGCACGGGUAACAAAUCGCUCAACUGUCUGGACCUGAAAAACCCGUUCUUCCGCUACACGGGUACGGCCCCUGCUGCACCGCCCGGUUCCAACCAGUCCUCUGCCACAGACACCUACUGGAACAAUCUUUUAGCCUCGGGAGACACAGCACAGCAACAGCAGACGUAUGUCAAUGGGUUUGUCAAUGGCAUUGUGGACGUGGGCCAGGUGCUGGUGCAGCAGCAACAACAGCAGCAGCAGCAGCAGCAACCCGCUGCUGUGGUGCAGCAGCAGGGAGUGGUGCAGGGGAACCUAAUCGCCAUGUCCCAGACGGCGCCCAUUAACCCGGGCAGUAUUCCUAGUGUGGGCACCAUCACGUCCAAUGCCAAUGCCCACCGCACAUCCAUCGGUGCUGGCCUCAGCCCCAUCAGCUUCUCUCAGUCUCAGAAUGUCAUCACAGGGGCAACCAAUCACUUCCCAAUCAGCAAUCAGUUCAUGAUUGGAGACUACGUAAUGCCCGGAAACUUGGUCAUCCAGUCGCCCAAAUCGGACACAUCCUAGCUUGUGUGGUGUCAGAUUCUUCCCCCCUCCUCCCUCUUCAGCAUCAGCUAUAUCGUACACUGUGUAGAAACCUCAGAUGGCUUUUAGGCUUGCGCCACUGGACCUCAUUUUCCAGAUCCUCCACGUGAACGCUACUACUGCCUUGGUAUAAACAAGUCUCAUUGGAGGACAGAACAGUUGGACUAGAUGUCCUGCAAUUGUUGUUUCGGGCCUAGUUUGGCAGCUCGUUGCUGUUUGGAUGUUACUCAGAAGUUGCUUAUUCCUUAUCUAUCGGCAGUGAUUGAAAUGUAAAUGAGUCGAAGAAAGAAAAGUAAGGGACCUCAAUGUUAUCUUUUGUAUUUUUCAACCUUCUAAGUGUCAGGGGGUUAAAAUUAUGUUAUGUGGAGGAAUUUCAAAUGUUUUCAUUUUGUGUAGUCCCCGAAAACAUUUUCUACCCAUUCCUGUCAGUAUUGACAUUAGUUGGCUGCUGCAUGAAUCCUGCUGUGACCAUUCAAUUAGAAAUGGUAUUUAGUUUGGCAAGAUCUUCUGGUUUCUGCAGACAAUUUUUAGAUUUGCCUUUGGACUACUAAGAAGAAGUUGAUAAUAAUUCGAAUGAGACGCUUUUGUCAUCGAUAUCUUGAACUUUUCUCCCCAAGUCGAGCUGGAAUCUUGAUAUUACUGAUCUCUUCUGUAAUGCUGAUCGUCUAUGGUUAUCAUAACAGUGAAAGGAAGGAUUAAAGAAACUAGGGACUAAUCCCUUGUCAGAAGGAGAAAUCGGACAUCGAUGAGGAUUUAGAGUUAGAUCAAGUUGUUGAGUUGGAAGGCAAAGACAAAGGAAAAUAUGAAGAGAAAUGACUAGAACUGAUCACUGGACCAUCCUUGACAAACCAGAAAAUAGUAGGGAUUGACCUAGAAAUGUUGACUGCAAUUACAAUUAAAAUUAAAAAUUUUUGUCUAUGUUUUGCUGUUUAUUUGAUAUGUUUAUCAUGUGUGGUGACUUUUGUAGACAAUUUUUAUAAGAUAUUGUUCAAGUUUGUACAGAGCUAUGCCCCUUCUCGUAGGGGAUAAAAGGGUAAUUUUUAGAACUGGGCCUUUGGAGGGAUUGAGUUAGAAACAAUCCCAUAUGUCCUCUGGCGGUUUGUUUUUUCAAAGCUCGAUGGCUCUACCAGAACAUGUAGAGUGAAAAGAAUUAUACUCGUUUUCCUCUGACCUUGACCUCUGUAGCGUUUUACUUUUUGUUUUGUGUUUUUAUGUGGGAAAUAUACUCUUUCAAGGAGCUAUGAAGAGAAAAUGACUUGACUUCAUACAUUAUGAACUAAAGGAUUAAAAGAAAGCUUUUCUUUCAGUUGUAUAGGAAUGUGACAUAUUGAAGAAACCAGGUCAAUAAUGUUACCGUUUUAUUUUCCCUUACUAAAUAUAUCAGCACGGUUACUAAACUAUAACGCAUCUCAAGCUGUAUCCACACUGAUUCACUUACAAUUACCUCUUGUGACUCUGGUAACAAAGAAAAUGGCAUAAAGAAAUAGCAGUAUGCACUUGCUAUCAAUGUUUUCAGAAUCUUUUCUAGCAAUGAAUUUAAGAUCUAUCCUAGAUUUGAGCCUUAAUACCAAAUUUGCGCAUGACGUGAAGACUUUGCUCUUCGUCUGAUGUUUCAUGCGAAGAGGAAGAUUUUGGUUUGGAUAUUUUCAGUAACAAGCAAACACGACUCUGUCCUUACUUCUAUUGAAACAGUUCAUAGCAGCAUAUGUAUUUCCUCUGGAAAUUAAUAUAUAUUAAAAACAGAUCUUUUUUAAUAUAUGUUUUGGUUCUUCCAGUCGUGACCUAAGGCCCAGUUCCCAGAUUUGUCGUCUUGAGCGUGGACAGAAGUUAAAAUUGAAAACUACAACAAAUUUCCUCUUUUUUUUUUUUUUUUUAAGAGUUCUGAGCUUUGCCUUAUGUAGUGAAGAUUUCGCAUAAUUCUGUUUUAUGUUGUGGUGAAGACAUGUUGAUGAACAAGCCAUGUUUGUUUUUAAAAAAAACAUGUCCCACAUUUUUUCCCCAGACAUUCAUAUAUAUUUAGAAAGUUGAGGAGUAAUGAAUAAUUAGGCUAUGAGAUAGAUUUGAGUUUGAGAACCGUGGUUAGUUUGAUAGUCUUUGCCCUGUACAUAGCAUGUAUGGUCCUAAAUUAUUAGACUCGGUCCUGCAGUGUCCCAUGUCAUUGCUGGAAGUUUAGACUGCACAGUAUUGGCUGUAUCAGCCCCCAUCUAUAAUUUCAGUGGCAGGAACCUUUCAGACAUUUCAGCAUCCAUGAGCAUUUUUUUGUAAGUAUGAAUCAUAUUUUGUUGUUCAUUUUGCUUAUACUUUUACAUAGUACUUGGGGGGGUCCUUUACAGUGGGGGGACCUUCGCAUUUAUAUUUUUAAAAAACAAACUUGUCCAACCUACCAGUUAGAUCUAGUGAAGAGAAGGAAGACUGGGAUGAUGCAUGUUCAAUUUUUAUUCUUUUGAUUCCAGUUCCUAAAUUAGCAGCAUUGUCAAAAGUUAAUGUAGAGUUUUGAUUUAGUUAAUGACUUUUUACAUGUUGGUGUUCAUCCAAGGCUCUAUGCAUUUCCCCUUUCCUCCCAAUCCAGAUACAUGUAAUCAUGUAAGUUGAAUUAGAUGUAGGUUUGGUAGUCUUUUCUUUGUAAUUUAAUGUAUUUGGUUAUACAGUGGUCCGCCCAAUUGGCUUGAGAUUUAUCUCUUUUUGACCAUCUCUUGCCGUGAACAACUUCCAUUGUUUUUUGUACAGUGGAUUUGCCUGGUUUUAUCAUUAACAGGUAGGGAGCGAGCAUGUUUCAUUCCCCCCCCCCCCCCCCCUUUUUUUUUUUUUUAAAGUAACAGCUGAGGCUUUCUGACCUCCCAGCAGUUUGAAUGACACCUCCUGUGUAUGAUUUAUUUGGGAUAGGUCAGCGUGGGAGGGACCACUGUAAGGAAAUGAUUAUAAAGGAAGGUUCAUUGUGAAUUUGGGUUAUUUUUUAAAAUUGUAUGUGAGGUUCUUUCCAUUUCAUGUAUUGUCUCUUAUUUCUUGUCACUGGUUUCGAAAUACUAAACCAUUGUUUGUUUAUAAUCUGAUUAGAAAUGGGUCAUUGAUCCAACAAAAUCCAUGCAAUCUUUGUUCUGAAAUUUCCACACCUGACUGAAAAGUGACAGGAAUAAAGUAUUUGAUAAGUUCGUUGUUCAA